GAAAGAAUCUGAGGUUGAAGCAUCUACAUCCGCAAACGAUUUAUGAGAAGCAGCAAAGGAUUUCUAACAGUCUGAACCUGUAGCAAUAUUAAGAUGGACGAUUUUUUUGGCAAAUAUUUUUGGCGGCCCUUAAUACCUGAAGAGCCAUGCAGAAAGUUUUUGGUCUGUAUAUCUGGAAAAACACUGGAUGCUGACAAGAUGUUCAUAGAACAACUUAAAAAUGUAAUGAAAAUAAAUCUACAGGAGGUUUCUAAAGUGGAUGAGUGUGAUUUCAUUCUGGUUUUCUGCCCUGUUGCAUCACGAGCUGGAACUGACAUUGAAGCAACAAUGAAAAAGCUUCAUAGAAUUUCAGACACAAAACCUGCUGUUCUGGUGGUGCUUCAUCACACAUUUGAUGUACAUAGCAUUGUACCAGAAACCUGGAGAUCUGUAACCAGAAAAAACCUGAUCGCAAUCGAGUGUCUGUUUCAUGAAGAUCUGGGAUUCCAUAAGUGUGAAAAAAAUAAUGAAUCACUGUCCAAAAUUACAACAUUUAUUAAUUCUUUGGAGAAACCACAAUUGAAUGUCAGGAAGCAAGAACAAGGUGGACCAGAUAUAGAACCGGAAAAAACAAAUACAAAAGUAAAGAACAUUAAUAAAGAACAGCAAAGUGAAAAUGCUCGACAUCAACUACUGAAAACAAACUACACAAAAAACAAAUAUCCCUUUUUGGAGAACAUGGAGGAACAACUUGCAAAGAAGAUACAUUUAGUUAAAGACAUGCAAGAAGACGUAGUUACAGAAAAAGAACAGCUGAGUGAUUUAAAAGAAUAUUUAGACAAAAAUGAGAAGACUCUUGCUGAGAAAGAUGCAGAGAUAAUGGAUCUACAUAAAAAUUUUCAAAAAAACAUUCAAGAGAAAGAGAGACUGGAGAGAAAUGUGGAAGAAAAGAAAAUUAAUAUACAGGAAAAUCUGAAGAAAUUUCAAAACUAUGUAGAGAAUAAUGAGAAGACUCUUGCUCAGAAAGAUGCAGAGUUAAAGAAAACAAAUGAAAAACUUCACAAAUCCACUGAAGUACUUAAGGAGAAAAGCACAGAACUGGAGAAGAAGCACAAACUUCUGAAUGAGACAGAAACACAGCUGAGGAACACAAAUAAAAAACUGGAAACCAGUGAAAAUAAAACGAGGACACUGGAACAAGAGCUGGGGACUCAAAGAGACAGAGAGAAAAGAUAGAGAGAGAAAAAACCCAACAGCUUGAAGAGAAAGACAGACUUCUAACUGAAAGAGAGACACAGAUAAUGGAAAGAGAUAAACAGCUUGAAGAGAAAGACAGACUUCUAACUGAAAGAGAGACAGAGCUAAUAGAAAAAGAUAAACUGAUUCAGGAGAAAGACAGACUUCUAACAGAAAAUAAACAACACCUUCAGAUGAUGGUGAAGACACUGGAAGAGAAAGAAACACAACUCAGAGAGAUAAAAGAAGAAUUAGAGGGAAAAAAUGGAAUUUUAGAAAAGAAUCAGGCACAGCUUAAAGAGAAAGAGAGACAGCUGGAAAACAUGGCAGAAGAACUUCAAGAGAAAGACAUAAUUUUGGCGAAAUAUACACAAGCACAGCAGAUGAAGGAUGACAGCCUGAAAAAAAGGGCCACACAAUUCAAACAG